CUAAACUGAAAAGGACAAGAAGCUUUCACAUGACCCGAGCCACACCAUUCAUGGGGCCCUUUUACUCUCUCUAGGAAGUGAUCUUCAAUCUAUCAUCGAGAAAUUCUCUUAAACCACAAUUUUUUCCAACACUUUAAAGCCAUCUAGAGAGAGAAAGUGAGAGAAAAUAAGAGAGAUCUCCAAUUUGAACUUGAGACACCAUUGAUUUCAUUUUCAGCUUUAUAAAAUAUUUUUGGAGUCAACGAAAAUAUCUAAGAAGAAGCAAACACAAAGAGAUUUUGUGUUGGGUCAUCAUCUUGUCAAGAAAAUCACUCAUCAGAUCCAUAGAAAAAGGUUGACUACUUUUUGAAAGAUCUUGAAUUGGUUCAUCCUCUUGUCAAAAAGAUAUGUCAACCAGGGCGAGCACUCACCAAGAACCAGCAGAGAACGGAGCUAGUGGUUCAGACAACAACAACAACAACUUCAACUCGGCGAUGAGAGAGCCCAUGUUCCAGAAAGUGCUUACACCAAGCGACGUCGGGAAACUAAACCGGCUCGUGAUUCCAAAGCAACAUGCAGAGAACUACUUCCCGUUAGAGGACAAUCAAACCGGCACGCUGUUGGAUUUCCAAGACAAAAACGGCAAGAUGUGGAGGUUCCGUUACUCGUAUUGGAACAGUAGCCAGAGCUACGUGAUGACCAAAGGAUGGAGCCGUUUCGUCAAAGAGAAGAAACUCAACAACGGAGACACCGUCUCGUUCCACCGUGGCUACGUCCCCGACGACAACGAACCGGAGCAACGAAGGAACAUAUUGUUCAUCGACUGGAGGAAUAGACCAGACACAAACCUCUUACACAACAUUAAUCAUCAUCACUACCCGAUCUUGGGGCCUCCUCCUUAUCCAACGGCUAGUUAUUAUCCUGUGACAGAAUAUUCCAUGCCGCAUUACGGGAGGUUUCCAUCUUUAUAUCAUAACCAGUUUCUAGGGUAUGGUUAUGGACCUUAUGGUAAAACUGUUACUGGAGGGCGUUACUACGCCGGAUCACCAUUGGAUCAUCAUCAUCGGUGGAAUCUUGGUAGAUCUGAGCCGUUCUUUUAUGACUCCUGUCCUGUUUUUCCAACGACGAGGUUGACUUCGUCCUUGGCGAUGUUGCCGUCUUCUCCUCCUUCUCAGCCGCCGCAGGAGGGGACGGCCAAGAAGCUAAGGCUGUUUGGGUUCGAUGUAGAGGAGUCUUCUUCUUCAGGGGAGGCACGUGCCGAAAUGGGUGUUGCUGGGCACUCUUCUUCUUCUCCGGUUGUGAUUAGAGAUAAUGAAUCAUCAUGGAGGUCGCCACGUGGAGAAAUGGGUGGAUUGUCUUCUUCGGUUGUGAACUUAAGCGAUGACGAAGACUAUAAAAGGAAAGGGAAGUCUUUAGAAUUUUAGACAGAUAAUUUCAUUUAUGUUCACCUCCAUUUUCUCUAAUUACCUUUUACUAUUUCCUCCUUUUAAGUUAGUUCCAACAUAAAAAUCAUAAGAAGCUAAUUUGCAAUUGGUGAAUUACAAUGUCGUGAGGAACUUAACCGGGCUCACAUUAUAUGUAUUGGUAUUAAGAUGUUUGGUUUCAUA